AUGGCCUUUCGAGGAACCAGACGCCAAGGCCCAGCGCAACUGGAAGCACAGGAUCCUGGGAAAAAUGGGACAUCCCAGAACGCCAGUCCUCAAAUGACUGAAAUUGAAGGACAUGUCGAAGAGCUUGUUGAUGAAGUGAGAGCUGCGGCUAGGCAACCUUUGGGCGCGACCGAGAACACACCAGCGCCAGACUCCAAUGCCGCCAGACCAGAUGAUAGUGACGAUGCGGGCGAAGACCUUGAUGCGUUGAUACAAGCUGAGGAACGACGCUUAGAGCGACUGGCCAAAGAGGUCAAAUUGGCUGACCUCCGAAGACGGACUGCCGCAGCUGAGGCUAACAUUGCGGGCGCACGUAUCGGACUCAACCAUACCGCAAUUGACCAGGUCAGCCUUGAGACACGUUCAGUGGCAUCACAGGACUACCAAAUCGACCCUGCGAACCCAGACCUUCAAGUGCUACCAAUAAACCGACAACCUUUACCACCGCAGGCAAGCUUAGUGCCAGGGGAAAUAACCAGAACCGUGCACGUUGAUGACCGAACCCCACCGAAUCCAGUUAACAUGGCCAUAUUCACUGGGAAAACCAUCGGUGAAUACAACGAUUUCAUCAACCAGUUAGAGGCACACUUCAACAAAUAUGAGCACUACUAUUCAGUGGAGAAGCGCAAGGUCGCACUUGCAGUUUCUUACCUGCAUAAGAGUGUACUUUACCAUUGGGUAGAAUACACGCAUGGGUGGGCGAUACAGCGCUCGUGGAAGGAAUUCCUUGAAUUCUGCCUUCACUGGAUUAAUGACCACCGCAACCUCCAGAAGGAUGCGGCUCAAAAGUUCUUCGACGCAAGGCAGUUAGAGCACCAAAGUGUUCGCGACUUUGCAGCCUACCUUGCAAUAUGGGAGCGUCAAAUGAAAACCCAAUUAUCAGAAGAACUCCGACAGGAAUACUUAAGGACCAGGGUGCUCCCACGAAUACGUAGUGAGGCCUUGAAGUACCCGCAGGAACCAGAAACGUAUGAGGCUUAUGUCUCAUACCUUCAAACAAUAGAAGAUCAACUUCCAGGGCGCAAAUUAGCCCAACAGCCCGCAGGAAAGGCGCGGAUGGGACGCCCAAAUAGUCGUACCCACACUGUGGAGGGCACUGAUAAUAUGGGCCCUACCCCAAAACGUGGAGCACAUAAGCGCAAUUAUGACUCCUAUUUGGAGAAUAAAAGGAGAGGAUCAAAGCCGUGGUGGCAAUGGAAUGAUGAAGAAAACAAGGAGCCGCAACCCAGGGACUCUGUAGGAGCAGGUGCGGACUCAUCAAAAAACUAG